AUGGAUGCAUUUAGAGCAUUGGUGUAUAAAUGCCAUUUAAAGGACCUAGGUUAUGAAGGCGUCCCUUAUACUUGGUUUAAUAAAAGAGGACCCCAAGAUAGUAUAAGUGAGAGAUUAGACCGAUGCCUAGCCAAUCGGAAAUGGUGUAAUCUCUUCCCAUAUGCUAGUGUCAUCCAUGGGACAGUAGCUCAUUCUAGCCACAUCCUCAUUAUCUUGCACCUGAAUGGUGGAAGCCACAGAAGGAGGGGAAAAAAGCCCUUCAGGUUUGAGGCAAUGUGGGUAGAGACUGAGGACUAUGAGAAAAUUAUAGCAAAAUCUUGGAAGGAAGAUACAAUGAAUGCUGACCUUGAGACAUUAAUGGACAAAAUAGAUUCUUGUAGUAAAAGUUUGAUAGCAUGA